AAUAAUAAAAUUAUAUAUCAAAUUAAAGGUAUUUUUAUACUCUUUCUGAUAAAGAUAUCUUUUAUUACAGUUAAUUACGUAUUUUUUUAGAAAAACAUACAUUUUUAUUAAAAAAUGGUCAUAAUUUGGUCUUUUUAGUUUUUCUCGAAGUAUGUAUGUAUUAUGUAUAUGAUAUACAUAUCAGAUGAAAGGUAUGUCAAAUAUGCUUCCAACCAUAUCCACGUUAUUGAAAAUUCCACUUUUACCUUUUUACUUGUUAAGAGCUCGUACAUUGAGACUUAUUCUGGUUUUCGUACGAAUCGAAAAUUUCAAAUUUUUGUAUAGUAAAUGAUAGGAAAAUUUCAAGAUUUUCGAUUCGUACGAAAACAAGAAUACGCUUCAUUGUUUUUUUUUAUAAAUUUUAACAGAAAACGAUAUGGUUUGUGUGGAGCUUGGGGCUUUUCCAGCUGAUUUUAAAAAAGACAUAGCAAACCUUAAGGAAAAACUUCGUGAAAUAGUUAAUAACUGGGGCAUCAGCGAUGAUCAGAUAAUAGCAUUUGUCACUGACGGAGGAGCCAAUAUCAAAGGCGCAGUGAAACAAGAAUUUGGAGAGUCGAAGCACGUAACCUGUUUUGGUCACACUAUCAAUAAUAUUGGUCAAGCGAUCAUUCAAAAUAACAAUGACGAUGCUAUCGACGAUGAUGAAAACGAAACGGAAGGAGGCACGCUAAAGGAUCUUUUAAAAAAGGUAAAGAAAAUAGUAAAGUUUUUUCGAACGAGCGAGGUGGCUGCGAAAAAGUUGAGAGAUUACCAAAAAAGCAACGGUCAGUCAAACUUAAAGCUGAUUCAAGAAGUGAGAACAAGGUGGAACUCUUGUUUUGAAAUGCUGGAACGUUUUAUGACAUUGUCUACAUGUAUUGCACAAGUAAUUCUUCAGCUACAAAUGGAUAAGAACACGAGGGCCCGCACGCCUAAUAUGGUCACUGCUGAAGAAGUGGACGCUCUUAAAGAAGUAACGGAUAUUCUUAAGCCUUUGCAUGAAAUUACAAGUGAACUCUGCGGUGAAAAAAAUGUAAACAUAAGCAAGUGCAUUCCAUUGGUUGCAGGAUUAAAAAAGGCAACAAUGAUCAUCGAACCGACUACAGCAAUAGGCAAAAUAGCAAAAGACGUCCUGUUGACCGAGGUCCAACGUUACGCAAAUUUGGAGGCGGUGGUUAUUUACGGUGUGGCAACAAUACUUGAUCCAAGGUACAAGAAGGCUGCCUUCGAAAACUCAAUCUACUGUUCGCGGGCUGCUGCUUUUAUUGGUAACUUAUUAAUAACCAGCCAAACCCAAAGUAAUGAAUCUGUGGAAAGUAUCGCUGAGCUUCAAACAUCGGACGAAGGAGGCAUAUGGUCAUAUUUAGAUCAAAACAUUAGCAACAGUCAAUGCAAUAGAAGUAACGUUUCGGAAAUAAAUUCGGACCAGCUGCGAGCUUAUUUAAUCAGGCCAGCUGUUUCUCGAAAAUUAAACAAAAACCCUUUAACAACUUGGCAGGCGUUGAAAAAUGAUUUUCCUUUGCUUUUUCCAAUUGCCCAAAAACAUUUGUCAGUUAUGGCAACGUCAGUCCCAUGUGAGCGACUAUUUUCACAUGCUGGACUUAUAGCAACCCAGUUGAGGAACCGUCUCUCACCCGAACAUUUAAAUAUGUUAGUAUUUUUGCGGUAAAUUGAGGAAGAAAUGUGGGACAUAUGAGGCUAUUAGCGCAAGACUUGGUCUUGGUCUGUACAACCACUCUUACAGUGGCCGUAAAAAUAAUAGCACUUUAAUAUUUGGACAUGUUUUGACUUAAUUUUAAAAUAUUAUAUAUGUAAAAUUCAACAAAAUUUCCAAAUUAAAAAAAAAAGUUGGGUUGGCAGUUUCAAUUUUGGUAUUAUAAAAUGCAAGUUUGAAGUAGCUACAAAUUGAAAAAGUUUGAAAUUUUUUUUUGC